AUGUCAGAAACUGACUUAGGCAGUUUUGGGCGUAAAAGUCCAACCCGGAGGAAAGGUCAUGUACCAUCUAUUGCAACAGCCACCAGCCAUUUGUUAACUGCUACAAAAGCUCUUCUACAGUCAUUAACCAGCUGGUCUCAAAACACAACUAGUGUGUCGGAUGUUUCAUCUAGAUUUGUGAAGUUUGGCGAUGCUUAUAAAAGCUUGAAAAGAUCAUAUUCUACGAGUGGUGUUGAUGUUACACAGCUGCCAGAUAUUCCUGGAAAAGUUCGACUGAUAUUAGAAGCUUCCCUUGUAAUGGAGCCUUCGCAAGAAUCUCUGGACAAGUUUUUACCACAGAUUGGAGACUCAGUUGCUGAGCUGAUGAAAAUGUUAAAAGAGAAACAAAAUGAAUUAAAUACAGUGGAUAAAAACCGGAAAAAUGGAUCUAUAUCUGCAUCAUCUUCUAUUUUAUCUUUUAAACAAUCAAAUUCACAGACUACGCCGACAACAUCAUCCUCCGGACACUCACCCUUAGAUUUCAAUCGCACACCAUCAAAAGACCCUAUAACUAGACUUCAGAAUAACAACGACUUGAUGAGAAGAGCCUCAAAAAGGUUUUCGGCUUAUCAAACUUCAAGCAUAAUCUCAAUGCAGUCUCCAAUGUCAGACAAUAUUUUUAACGCUAUCGAUCUCCCAAAAACACCACUGCAGAUGGAUAUCGCUCCUAAUAUUACAGCUGAAGACCUGGAAAAAGCUAAGAAUAGUACAAAAUUGGAUGAUGUUGAUGAAAAUGAAACCAAGAGGCAACCGGAUUUGUCUAAAGUUUCAGGUAAAGCUUCAACCAACAAUCUAACAGCUCUGAAGGAAGAAACAUUAAGUGAUACUGCCAAAUCUUUAACAGGAGGACAAAAUCAUGCAGAGAGAAAUUCUCAGAGCAGCAUUUUCCUCAAGUUGGGGGAUCAAGUCAAAAAAGUUAGUAUAGAUCUUCCAACGACAUUUCCCAACCUGAAAGUCCUUUUCUCUCAAAGAUUUAACUACUCUUCUCCUGCAACAUCUUCCUACCCCAAAAUAUACAUACAAGACGGUCCCAAUUUAGUUGCGUAUGAACUUGAGAAUAUUUCGGAAAUCAAAUAUGGUUCGAUAAUAUCAUUGCAGCAGCCAGAUUUUAAGAGUCUGAUUAUUAGUCAUGUAGACUCACAAAUAGGAACAGUAAAAAAUGAUAUGAUGAACAUGGAGGACCGAAUUUUGAAAAAACUUGAAAAAUUACAAGCUUUGCAAAGUUCAGCACCAGCAACACCUUCAUUAAGACAGUCAACAGAUAUUGAUUCCGGGAAAAAUAUGAAAAAGUUGGGAGAGAAAGAAAAUCACCAGAAAUUGUUUGAUGAUUUGCAAGAUGAAUUAACCAAGGUAAAACAACAUCAAAUCAAAUCGGUGAGACGAAUAAAUGGCAUGAUCAACUCCACAGUUGAAACUAUUGACAGAAUACAAGCAGAUGGCCUAGCAUCACAGAUUUCAGAAAACACGUACGUUAAAGAUUGCAAAGCUAAAGUCAGCGAAGGCUGUGAAUCGUUAGUAGAAAAACUUGAUGAUUUGCAAGACGUUAUUGAGUUCAUUAAGCGUGACAUAACCAAACACAAUAUCAAGCCAUCCGAUAAACAGCUCGAACAUCUAUCCAAAGAAAUGAAAAACACAAAAGCGGAGCUGAGCUCAUUAACUGACUAUACACAAAUUGAACGUAAAAACCUUCUUUCGAUGUGGAGCAAACAAAUGGCAACCAUAUCGGCUGACCAACGUUUUUUCAAAGCACAAGAAGAAAUCAUGGGAUUAUUAGCACAAGAUUACCAGUCAGCGCAAGAAACCUUUGAUUUGAUAGUUUCGUGUGCAACGCAACUAGAAAAAGGUUCACUCACCUAUAAAUCUAAACUUCCAGUUCCAGAUCCUUCGGUUUCUCCAUGGGAUGCUUCUAAAUUAGUGAUGGCAGAAGUUGACGCGAUCAAUCCAAACCACGAGGAAAGAGUUGAAGCUAUUAUGAAGGCGGAACGUGUAAGAGAAAUGGAGAAAGAAUUGAGGUUGAAAGACGAGUUCCAAGAAGAGUUGGGUGAUUUUGUCAGCAACGAAAAAUUGAAGAGAAAUGGAGGAGGAAUUUCUGAAAUUGAGAAACAACGCCAAGAAAAAGAUCAAGAACACAUGAAAAGUACGUUUGGAAUUGUUUAG